GCGCGAUUGAAUAGCUUGAGAAUCAAGCCCCUCCAUCCUUUCGGUUUCUGUUGGAUCAUAGAUGGGUUGGCGACUGGGUGCUCGACUCUUCCGCCGCAGCAUGUCGGGAGAAAAGAUCUACGAGGGCGUUUUCGCCGUCAACAAACCCCAAGGCGUAACCUCCGCCGACGUCCUCCGCCACCUGCAAACGCACUUCCGACCAAGCGCGCUCUUCGCGCCCUGGCUCCGCGAUGAGCAACAGCGCCGCGCCAACGAGAACAACAACCAACGGCGGCGCCGCCGCACGCAGCGCCUAGACGUGAAGCUCGGCCACGGCGGCACGCUCGACCCGCUGGCGACGGGCGUGCUGGUCGCGGGCGUCGGCAAGGGCACCAAACACCUCGGCUCGUUCCUGGGCUGCACCAAGACCUACGAGACCGUCGUGCUCUUCGGCGCCGAAACCGACACCUACGAUGUGUUGGGCAAAGUCGUCCGUCGCGCGCCUUACGAGCACAUCACCCGCGAGGCCGUCGAGGCCGCCCUCGCUCGCUUCCGCGGGAAGAUCAUGCAGCGGCCCCCCAUUUACUCUGCGUUGCGGAUUAAUGGGAAGCGGCUCUAUGAGUAUGCGCGUGAGGGCGUCGAGCCGCCUGUUGAGAUUCAGGAGAGGCCUGUUGAGGUCUCGGAUUUGAGGGUCCUGGAGUGGUUUGAGCCUGGGUCUCAUGAGUGGAAGUGGCCUGAGGUUGAGGCGGAGGGUGAGGAGAAGGUUGUUGCCGAGAAGUUGUUGCGGAAGGAGGAUGAGGUUUUGGCGGCUGCUGGGUCCAAGGUGGAGGGUGCUGGGGAGGUGCCCGGUGAGGCGUCGGCGAAGCGCAAGGAUCCGCCUUCUCCUUCUUCUUCGCCGUUGGCGGAAGCUGAGAGUGCUAAGGCUGAGGAGGAUGCUGGCGCUGCGGAGCAGGAAGCUGGCGCUCCCGCAGCCAAGAAGGUGAAGGUCUCCGAGGACGGAGAAGCCGUGUCUGCCGCGCAGGCGGAGGAGGCGCCGGCGGCAAUGGCGACGAGCACCCCCGAGACGAAAGAGGAAGCCCCUGCUCGCCCCCAGCCGGCCGCCGUCAAGAUCACCAUGACCGUCUCGUCCGGCUUCUACGUCCGCUCUUUGGCGCACGAUCUGGGCAAGGCCGUCGGCAGCUGCGCCCUCAUGACCUCCCUCGUCCGCUGUCGCCAGGCUGGCUUCGAGCUCGAACCCGAGAAGGUGCUCGAGUACAAGGAUCUCGAGGCCGGCGAAGACGUCUGGGGUCCCAAGAUGAAGCGGUUCCUGGAGGACUGGGAGAAGAAGAGAGUCGCCGGGCAAGUUUGAAAAGAUUUGCCGAGAAAGAAGAAAGAAGAAUGCCGCUGAAGAAGAGGGCAAGCAAGGAAACUAUCUGAUACAAUCUUGCACUUCGGGAUCUGGCGUUUAAUGGAAGGGAUGAAUGAUUUGUUCUUGUAUUCAUAAACCUCAAUUUGGCCUGGCCGCAGCUGCAGAGUGAAAAAGCUAAGCGUACAUAGAGCCGAA